CUGUCAAACGUUUAAUGAAAGAAGCUGCAGAAUUGAAGGAUCCUACAGAUCAUUACCAUGCACAACCUUUGGAGGAUAAUCUUUUUGAAUGGCACUUUACCGUUAGAGGCCCUCCAGAUUCAGAUUUCGAUGGAGGAAUUUAUCACGGGCGAAUAGUACUACCACCUGAAUAUCCCAUGAAACCACCAAGCAUUAUUUUGCUGACGGCCAAUGGUAGGUUUGAAGUGGGGAAGAAAAUUUGUUUAAGCAUCUCAGGGCAUCAUCCUGAAACAUGGCAGCCUUCAUGGAGUAUAAGAACAGCUUUACUAGCCAUUAUCGGAUUUAUGCCAACCAAAGGUGAAGGAGCCAUAGGAUCUCUAGAUUAUACACCAGAAGAAAGAAGAGCUCUUGCGAAGAAGUCACAAGACUUCUGUUGUGAAAUAUGUGGCACGUCUAUGAAGACAGCCCUCUUACCGCUAACGUCAGGAAGCAUGUCAAGCCAGGCAGACAAAGAGGCUAAAGAACUUGCCAGACAAAUUAGCUUCAAGGCAGAAGUCAAUUCAUCCAGGAAGUGUGAUGCUGAACCUUCAAACACAUCAGGACUGAAUCACUCUGCUGCUUUACCUGAGCCCCAGCAGGAUGGUGUAGCUAGAGCAUUCCAGGAUCCAGCAAGUACGAUGGCUGAAAGUCCAAACAGCAGUGCAACAUCUAGUCAAGAGCAUACUCCUCCUGUGUCCAGUAAUACCUCUAUGAGUCCUCGGCAGCGCCGUGCCCAGCAGCAGAGUCAGAGAAGGGCUCCGUCUUCAACUGACUUUAAUCGGGUCCAGCAACCAAGGGUCAACAUGAACCACACUGGAUCAACUGUUUUGAUCGUCCUUCUGACUUUUGCAUUGGCAGCUCUUAUAUUUAGAAGAAUAUAUUUGGCUAAUGAGUAUAUAUUUGAGUUAUAAGGUUGUUUCUGUCUUAAGAGCUGUGACUUGAAUGCUUCGUUGAACAAUGUUUUGGGUAUGAUAUGAGAACUGUUUACAAAGAUUACUUUUUAUAUUUACACUUAAGUCCUUAUGAAUGUUAAUGUACCUACAGAUACAUUACUUGUUACACUUAAAUGUCCAACUUUGCUUUUCUUACAAGUGUUAAUUGAGUGCCCACUGGAUAGCUGGAGAAACAAUGCAGUGCAAUGGUAAAGUUUAGGCAUGUGGGAAAGGUCUCAAUGUGUGAGUAAUUUAUUAACUAGAAAAAGACAAUUUAAAGUGGUUGACUCACUUUUUAUGGAACAUGAAGGCUCACUUUUUAUGGAACAUGAAGGCAAAUAAUGACCCCAUCUGAGUUAGUGCAAGAUUUAACAUUGGAGAAGGGAUUUUAAAAUGAAACACUAUUGUGUGUUUAUGUUCAGUGAGCUCAUAAUUUACGGGGAAUAAUGUUUUGUAACCACUUUUAUUUACCAUGACACAUUUCUUGGUGGGGGGGAAACACAUACCAGUUGAUCGAGAAUCUGCUUUCUGUGUCUGAAAGGGGGAAAGGGGUAGUGGAGCAAAGAAGGGGCCAGAAAACUAGUUGCGUUAUUUUGUUUUUAAAUUUUUUGGAAGUAAGAUUAUAUAAUCUUUUGCAAGAUUUGAAUAUCUUCUUCUAAUACUGUCGAUUGUAUAUCUUGCUUUUUUUAAAUUUGAAGAUUAUAUAAAACAUGUCUAUUCUUGCAAUAGUUAUAAAUAUGUAAUAUAAUUAUUUAGCAAGAUCUAUUGUCUCGUAAUUAUAUGAGAAAUAUACAUAAUGCAUUAAACGGAGUAUUUCAUAUUUGGGUUUAUUUACGAAAGCAAAUUUAAAUCUUACCAUACUUAAACUCUCAUAUAUAUGAACAUACUUGAGAGAAAUAUUUAUUGAAGCCUUGGCAGUAAUAAACAGUUUCAAGACAGUCUUCAGUUAUGUUUCAAGUAUCACAUGUGUUUUUGUUUGGUUUCAAUCUUUUUUUUUUUUAAAUCUAAAAUCAAUAUUGGACACAGAGGCUUUCUGUAUUAUUGGCUUAUAAAACUGAAUAACUGGUGACGUGUUCUUGAAUGCUGUGAAGUCAUAUGCACGCAAUAGACCCGAAGUUUUAAGGUCUUCAAGAGGGUUUGUAUGUGAAUUUUUUUCAAGUGCUGCAGUGAAGUAGAAGCAAGGAACCCAUGGCAUAAUUUUCCUCUUGUAUUAUUGUUCUGAUUUCAAUGUACUUUAACAUGUUUAUUUAAAAGACAAUGGAAUUUAGCUAAUUUUCAUUUUGUUAUUGUCACAUAUGAUAGUAGGGACUUAAGCUAGAUUCUCAUCCUGUUUCUCAGCAAAUAUUUAUUAAGCUAAUUACAACUUUCCUAAAUUUUAUUGAAUACAGUAUAUAUUAGAAUGUUUGGAAACAUUAAAGUAGCUAUAACAACUUUUAGAAAUAAAUGAAGCCCAUCAUGUGUCUAAAGGGGACCCUAGGUGUGUUUGGAAACUUUAAAAAAAAAUUUUUUUUUUUUAAGCACUUGUGGAUUGUUGAUAGUCUUCCCAUUUGCAGGUAUAAUGGAACAAACAUCAAAACACUGAAUAUUUUCUUAAACAAUUUAGGCAAAAGUAUAUAGCCUGUUCAGGUAAUUCACCAAUUACUUACACAUUCCGCUGCAGAACAGUUUGGUGUCCUCUAUUCAGUGAUGUAUGUUUUCCUAAUUUGUAUGUUUAUUUUGUUGGAAAUAUUUAAAAAUUCUCCAGGUCCCAUAGUCUCUAAAAUAAAAGUGCUAUUUUUCCUA